AUGACUCAUGCUCGCUCUAACGCUAAAGUGUCAUCGUCUUCGACGACGACGGUCACAAAUAAUGGUUCUAAAAAAUCGUCAACAUCGAACAAACGAACAUAUCAAGUGGAUUCACCAGUGACGGUUAGAGCGAAUGAUAGUGAAAAUCAAGUUCCACAAGAGAAAAGUCCCUCGUUUUAUCUUUUACCUCAGUUAUUACAGUCAGAUGAACAACAGCAGCAACAAUCGUCUUCGUCCAUAGCUGUCCGUCAGACACGUUCAAAAAUUCGAAAACAACUUCCUUUUAAUACAAUUGAUGAGGAAAACGAUGAGAUGGUUAAUCAAAAAUCAUUACAGAAUGAGAAACACCAAUAUUCUCCAACAAGUCAGUUAAUAUUUGAUUCAACAAAAAGUCCACCAGGACAAAAGCCAAGAAUUAUUUUAAAAAUUCGUCUUAAUCCAUGUAAAGAUAAUCAAGAACAAACGAGUCCAACAAAAGAAUUAGCAAAUGAAAUAACGGAAGCAUUAGGCACAGUUAAAUUAGCAAAUGAUAUUAAACAUAUUGAAGAUAGUAAAAGUAUUUCAUCUCGUAUUAUACCAUUUACACGAAAUAAACGUAUACAAUCAGCAACAAAUGUACCAUUAAGAAAAAUACAUGGAGCACCAUUGAGAGGACAAUUUUUACAUGCACCAGAUAUAAAAAUAAAUGAUGUUGAUAAUAGUAAUGAAAUUAUAUUAAAUCAAUCAAGUCCACAGCCGUUUCCUCUAGCAUCCAUAGCCGAAAAACUUCCAACAAAACAAAUUGAAAAUAUUAUUGACGAUGUUACAAAUAAUGACAAUGAUCUUGGCUUUUUGAGACGUAGUAAACGACGUGUAAAGUUAAUAAAAUAUAAAACAGCUAUGAAUUUUGAUUCCUUUAUUGAACAAGAAUGCGAAGAUGGUUUAGAGAUACGAACAACAACUGACAAAGGCCGUGGAAUCUUUUCAACAAAAAAAUUCUAUCGUGGUGAUUAUAUUGUGGAAUAUGCAGGAGAUUUAAUCAGUUAUCAACAAGCAAAACAACGGGAAUUAACAUAUGGUCUAAAUUGUCGAAUUGGCUGUUAUAUGUACUAUUUUAAACAUGGAGAAAAAGUUUAUUGUGUCGAUGCAACGGAUGAAACAAAUCGUCUAGGUCGUCUCAUAAAUCAUAGUCGAAAAGGCUGUAAUUGUCAGGCAAAAGUGCUUGUCAUCAAAGAUCAACCACGAUUAAUUUUGAUUGCAUCACGCGAUAUUAAUGUUGGAGAAGAAUUAUUGUAUGACUAUGGCGAAAGACGAAAAGAUAUUCUAGAUAGUUUUCCAUGGUUAAAUGAAUAA